AUGGCUGUCUUCUUCCACUCCACCGCCACCAAGCUCCACCACCUCUGCCGCCAUCUCCGCCUCCACAUCCGCACCUUCGUGGACGCCAAAGUCAAAUGGAUCAGAGAUCCUUACCUCGACAAGGCAGUCCAAAGAGAGAAAAACCUCAAAUCUUUACUCUCUCUCAAAACCUUGAUCAUCUCUCACCCCUCCAAAACUCUACCCAUCUCCACCAUCUCUCCCCAGAAACCCCACCUCAACCUCCCCAUAACCGCCACUAAAUUCUUUCAAAAUUACCCUUCAGUUUUCCAAAUUUUUCAGCCCUCCAAACCCUUGUCCCUCCCUCAUGUCAAACUCACCCUACAAGCUCUCUCUCUCCACAGACAAGAAACCCAAAUUCUAAGCUCGUUGUCUAAUAAAAUAGACUUAGCUGAAAGGCUCGCAAAGCUUUUAAUGCUAACAAAAGCCCAGAAGCUUCCCCUGUAUGUGAUUGAAAAGUUGAAAUUUGAUCUGGGUUUGCCUCAUAAUUACAUUUUAACAUUAUUACCUGAUUUUCCUGAAUAUUUUCAUAUAUGUGAUAUGGGUAUUAAAGAUUCAAAUGGGUACGAAGUAUUUGGGUUGGAAUUGGUUUCUUGGAGAGAUGAUUUAUCUGUUUCAGCAAUGGAAAAGAGGGCAAUGAAUAUGAAUUUUGGGAGUAAAAGGGGAAUGCGUAUUGGGUUUCCGAUGAAUUUUCCGAGGGGGUUUGAUUUGGAGAAAAAAGUGAGGAAUUGGGUUGAUGAGUGGCAAAAUUUGCCUUACAUUUCGCCUUAUGAGGAUGUGUUUCAUUUGGCGCCGAACAGUGAUCAGGCAGAGAAGUGGACAGUUGGGGUAAUUCAUGAGUUGCUUCAUUUGAUGGUGGGGAAGAAGGCAGAGAAAGACAGUGUGUUUUGUUUGGGGGAUUAUUUGGGGUUUAAUAAAAGGUUUAAGAAGGCUUUGGUGCAUCAUCCUGGGAUAUUUUAUAUAUCCAAUAAGAUUAGGACUCAGACUGUGGUUUUGAGGGAGGUGUAUAUGAAGGAUGUUUUGGUUGAGAAGCAUCCGUUGAUGGGAAUGCGUUAUCGCAAGAGGCUUAAGAAACUGAAGAAAAUGAGGAGGAUUGUGGAACAACAUGAGAUUUACUGUUAUUGCAGGAAAUUCAACUAUGCAGUCGAACAAACAGAGCCAGUAGUUGAAUAA